AUGUGGUCGCGUAAGCAGUCAGUGUGCAGUGCAGUGAGUGGAGUCUCCAGAACUGAUGAGCAUGACGGCAUUGGAGAUUUACAUUUGUACCCAUUUGCGUUUGCCCUCCGAGUACGGGUUUUACAGAUAGUGUGUGGUAUAGGAGGCUUAGUGGUUGGUGCUGUGGGUUGGUUAGAAGAAAGACAAAAACCUGUGCUUGGACUGGGAGUACCCGCGGGAGCAGUCACCGUGUUAGCUGCCGCAUUAUCCGUAUACUACAGCCGAGGAUUCGGUGGGUGGGUCUCUGCUAGAUCCAGAACUUCCAGAUCUUGGGGUCCUCCUUGGAGGGUUCUGGGACCAUCAGCGUGCGCUGCGGUGCCCCUCACAUUACUAUGGACAGCCGCUAUUGGGGCACACGUGGCUAUGCUCGUGUUUUGUAUAAGAACACUUAUGAAUAUUGGAUGCGGAUCGAAAACUUGUAUCGGUGUCGCAAUAGCCCAAAUGUCGAUUUCAGUAACAACUUUAGCAACUGCUGUCUACAUGGUACAACUGGACUUGAGAUAUGAUGCUGCACUGUCACCACCACGCCCCUCAGAUGCGCAUACAUGCACCGCUGUGUCUAUGGUACCACUUACAUCAGUCGCAGUGAACAGUGGUGCCAGUGCCGAUGGGCCGGAUAACAGCCCACUAAAUAAAGAACACAAGGAUCACCCACCUCCUUCUGAACCCACUUGA